AUGGCGGGCGGGGUACGCAAGUACUCGGACGAGCAGAUAGCCUUUAUUCUGGCCCGUACCGAAUCAACACGCCAGGCGGACCUCGCGCACCAGUUCUGUGAAAAUUUUAACGUUGACCCUGCCGUCUUUAGUAGCAAGCAAGUCAAGUAUAUCAAGGGCGCUUACAAGAGACACCCUAACUUUACCGACUGGGACCAGGACCAAGACAAGGAAUUCCCCAUGUCCGAAGAACCUCCUCAGAAGGUGCCACCCCAACGAGGCCUUGGCUCACCUAUCAACAUCAAUAUGUACCCCAUCCUGCGGCAGAAAAACAGGGACACCCGUGGCCCUGCCUUCCAGCCUGCCCAAGUCCCCUCGUCUGGAUUGAAGCGGAACAUAGACGGCAAUACCAAGACACCGUUGCAGCCUGGGAACCAGUUUGGCAUAAUGUUGCCGGUGCCCGAAAAUAAACCAUCAAUCGCCAUGGUGGCCGUCAACCCGGACAUAUAUGCUGGGGCCCGGAGAGUACCAUUCCCCUACGCACCUGGAUGCACCCCCUCGAAAGCCGACUCCGCCGACCAACAUGGAGUGUGGUACUCCACACAACAUGACGAAUGUCCUAUACGACUAGCUCACCGGCAUGACUGGGACGGCGGUGUUCACUUCAAAAGCAUUGCCCAUUGGAUGCGAACGCACAUGUACAUGCGUUCGGUUGCGAUGCAUGACGUGUCUACCAAGGGGAAUGCAACCAUCGACAGCUCGCACAAUUUCAACACCGCGAGACAAAAGGCACAGCUGCCCGCCUGGCCCAUGGUGUCGCUCGGGGAUAUGGCACUGAAUGUUCGGAGGAGGACGGCCAUGCCGCCGCAGUACCCGCAUCCUGUACAAGUCCCUAGCAUGUUUGCGCCUACCACACCUUACCAACACACCACUGUUGGGAUCUCUAUGGGGAGCCAGGCCAACCAAUUCUCGCCUAUGCCACUGUCUAUGCCGCCACCUAUGCCACCGCCCAUGGCCCCUAGUAUGCCACAGCCCAUGCCACAGCCCAUGCCACAGUCUAUGACACAGUCUAUGACACAGUCUAUGACACAGCCCAUGCCACAUCCUAUGGCCUCGACGAUGGCAAGGACACCACCCUUAGCGCCUCUCGCUCUGCCUCUGGCUCUGUCUCAAGCCCAUACCCUACAAUCACGGGAUCUAGACUCGCAGAUUCUUCGCUGGGCGGCUGAUGUAACCCAAAAUGAGCAGCAGUUUAAAGCUCUCACUCAUCAACUCCCUCCAGAGGCUUUGAACUUCCCCCUCGGUGGCAACGACAUUGACUUUGACCACCUGUUUCAGACCAACUUGAAUGACGAUUUAGAGCUAGACCUGGUGGCCGACGCGAACGAGGAAGCGAGUCCGAAUCGCAGCAGCACUGCAAAGACUCCUCACAUGGGAGAUGGCGCUGGUGAUUCCAAAACCUAUAACCAACUCGCCCACGCCGCCAACGCAAUGGCAGGACUUGACGAGCAUGGUGCCAUAUCCGACCCCAGCAAGCCAGGCCAGGACGCUUCGGCCGCGAACGUCUGGUUCAACGGGCACAUGAUGAAUACUCCCACAGUAGAAGCAGAGACAGACCUGAAUCACAACGCGGACGCAAACGCGACCAGCCCCGAGUUUGCUGUCUUAUCCGCGCUGACCAAGUGA